AUGAGUUCAUGGAUUCGUUUCUUAUGCUCUCUUAAGGCCUGUCUGUGUUUAGUACUAAACUCACAGCCCUUCCAAUCGCAAGGAAUGGGUGCUCCCGACCGGGCCAUUCGCACCGGUACUGAUCACCCUUAUGACCUCUCACGUGUGAGCUCAUCCCACCUGGUUAUUGGAUGUAUAGUCACAUCCGGGCCAAUGACACGCAAACACACGACUCGAAUGGCUAACUCUGUGACUGCGAAGACUAUUAUAGCAUUUGAAGGCCCGACCACAUCCCGGUUCCUCACAUUUCAAUGGUUUGCCAACAGUUAUGACUCUUUUUGUGACACAAUAAGUAGUAAUUGGUUGCAAAGCGCUUAUUACAGUCGCGAUACCGGCAAACAAAUGAGAAUCCGCAAUACAUUUGCGACACUAUUGACCGACAAAUGCAAAGAAAUGAGCCCUCGAUGUGAGUGCAGUCUUAUCGAUGUCUUCGACGCCCAGGCAUUGCUGAACCAAAGCAUCGGCUUUCAUGAGAUAGGAUUAAUGAAAAAGAGUGAGCUACGUCAAUUUAUCACGAGCGUUCACCACAAAGAUGUCUGCAAAUUGUGUCACAAAGUAUUGUCCAAAAACAUCACAUGGAUUGGUGUACACUUCAGGAGACACUUCGAUGUAUUGCCCCUACAAUUAGUCCACAAACUCAAGGAGUACGAACAACAACACAAGACAUCCACAUAUCGGUGUGCCGUCAAAGACCCGACAACUUGGGAUACGGUAUACGUAUGUGAUUACGACGACUGCGGCCUCCAGUUUGGCACAUUGAAUGCUUUGGCCAUUCAUCGAAGUAGAAUCCAUAGCCAAAUAGCACCGGGAGUUACAGUGAGGCAGACCUUGCACUGCCAUUGGCCUCAAUGCCAGUUCAGGACAAUGUCUGCACAACACCUGACGCUACACACGAAGAAUAAUCACACGACACACGUGGAGACCAGUUGUCUGUUUAAGUCGACUAAAACCUAUUCGACGAACAGGUCUUCGGCUAAAAGUGUGGAUAAUUCAGUGAAGCGAGAAGUGGUUGAACCGAAUGUGUUGUGUUUGGAAGCGACCAACUCUUCAUCGGAUCCCGCGUUUGAAUAUCAAAGUCAACGCAUUGCCAGAGCAUUGACUCGCGUUAAGAGUGAACCUCAAGAUAGUGGUGAUUAG